AUGCUCUCCCUCGUCUUCCUCUGCGCCCGCCGGCUGGGGGGCCACCGCCCCGCCGCCCGCCGCGCCCUCGACCUUCUCCCCGCCGAACUCUACCCCGUCCUCUUCCAAGCCGCUUUCCUGGACGGACGGACGUUAACGCUGCGGGACAUCGUAGGGACGUGGCCCUUCCCCGUCCUCAGCUUCCAGCGGUUGUUGGGACACCGCGACCGUCACCCGCUCCUCGGGGAGAAACCCAGUAAAUUGGGUGUCCAGGCCGUCAUCCUUGCCGUCGUGGCCCAUCUCCGCCGGGCGCUGGAGGAGUCCGGCAGCGGCACGAGCGAAAGACGGUGCCGCCUGCGGCUGCUGGACAUGACGGGGCUCCAGGAUGCCGACGCCGACCGCGGUCCGGAGGGGAUGAGCCUGUGGUCCGGCACGGUGGCAUUGGCCAAAGCUUGCGUUGAGGUCUCCAAACACCGCAACGAGUGCCUGAAACGCGGUUCCAAACGCCGUAAAGGUCCCUCCGGCGCCUCGGCGGCCCCGCAGCCCCUCGGCGUGGAGAUCCGCGCCGAUCUCUUCGUCAACGGCACCUCCUUCGGCAUCCUGCGCGACGCUCUGCAAACCGGCGCCGCCGGCCCCCUGCGCCUCAAAUGCCGGGAUUUCCACGCCGAGGAGCUCUCCGUUGCCGGCACCGUCGGUUUGCUGGAAUCGUUGGAACCUUCCGGCGUGCGGCGGGUGGAUCUACGCUUCAACAACCUGGGGCUGGCCGGUCUCUGCGCCGUUUUACCGCACCUCGCCAGAUUUCCCGAUCUCCUCAGCCUCAAGCUGCCUUACAGCAACGUCGACGUGCGGCGGCUGGCGGCGGGGACGGACGCCGGCCCCCGGUGCCUCGCCGCGCAGCUGGGGAGGCUGCCCUGCCUCAAGGAGCUCAACAUGGGAUCCUCCAGGCUUUCGGGGAAGCUGAGGCAACUCCUCGGCGACCUGCAGGCUCCCCUGGCAAGCCUGGAGCUGGCCUUCUGCUACCUCCUUCCCGGCGACCUCGCUUUCCUUUCCCAAAGCCUCCACGCUCCGGCGCUGAGGAAGCUGGAUCUGAGCGGCCACGAUUUCUCCGAAAAUCUCCUCCAAUCUCUCCGGCGUCUCCUGGAGGAGGCUUCGGCUUCCCUCCUCCACCUGGAUCUGAUGGAAUGCCGGCUGACGGACGCCCGGUUGGAGGCUCUGCUGCCGGCGCUCUGCCGCUGCUCCCGCCUCCCUUGCCCGGGGCUUUUCGGCAAU